AUGGUGCCCGACACCGAGUUCUCCACUGCUCUCACAAAGCCUCUCGAUGCGGUCCAGCAGAUCUACAGUGAUGCCUCAGACAAGUCAUCCGCCAACAUCACCAAGCUCGUGGAGACACAUUUCCGCCAACUGUUCGCCUCGCCCGAUGCGAGGGCUAAGAUCCCGACCCUUUCGCCUGGCAACAUCGACUCUCUGCUGCCAUCAUCAAAUGGAACUGCUUCAUCGUCACACCGUCUGGUGCGCUUCCGCGCUAUGAUACAGGACACUGGUCUCGGCUCAGAAGUCUUCCUCGCAAAGCAUCAACACGAAGGGCGCACCAUCACCGGUCUCUUUGGCGGUGAAGCCAGCAUUCCAUCGUCGAACGACCAUUCGGAGCAGACGCAACAAGGUGACUUGAAUCACCAAGACUUGGCGGAGAGGACAGUCAUGUACGCUGUCUCGGUCCCUGGUCAGUCUGCUUGGGCUGCUGAAGCGCAUGGCGAAAAGCCUAAGUCGAGUGUCGAACAGCUUGCAGAGGCAGCCUCAGCGGUAUCUAUUGAAGAGCCGCAGUCGCCACAAAAAGUUCGUGAAGUGCGCAAGCGUAUUCAGAGUGCUGUGCAGAAGGGCAAGGAGAUCGGCUCGGCAGGCGAGGAGCCUCGAUUGGUAGCCAUUUCCAAGCUCCACCCUCCUUCUGCCAUUCUUGCUGCCCACAAGCAAGCUGGCCAGCUUCACUUCGGAGAGAACUACGUUCAGGAGAUGGUCGACAAGGCCAAGGUCCUCCCUAGAGAGAUUCGCUGGCACUUUGUUGGUGGACUGCAAAGCAACAAAGGCAAGCUUUUGGCAUCCAUUCCCAACCUAUACCUCCUCGAAACACUCGAUUCCAUCAAGGCUGCCAACGUCUUGCAGAAGGCGCUAUCCUCGCCAGACGCCGCCAAGCGAGAUGAACCACUGCGUGUCUACCUCCAGGUCAACACUAGUGGUGAGGGCGCCAAGAGCGGUCUGCCACCUAUCCUUUCUACCGAUGCCGAACAGGCCAAGGACAGCGAAUUGCUUCAACUGGCCGUUCAUGUUAUCACAAAAUGCCCCAACCUGCGACUCCGAGGCGUUAUGACCAUUGGUGCAGCUGCUAACAGCUCCAGUGCCAAGGCUGAUGAGCCAAAGAGCGUUGACGAGAUUGUCUCAGCCAACCCAGACUUCGAGCGUCUUAUUUACACCCGAGCCAACUUGGUCAAGCUACUUCGCGAAAACGCCGAAGUCAAAAAGGCGGAUCAGGCACACAUCAAGGAGGCAUACGACGAGCUGGUCGGUGGCACUGAUGCGAACGGUGGCCUCGAGCUUAGCAUGGGCAUGUCGGCCGAUAUGGAUGUCGCAACUAUGGCAGGCAGUAACAACGUACGAGUCGGUACCGACUGCUUCGGCCGUCGUCCUGGCACUAGAGAGGAGGCGAUGAACGGCAUGAAGCGUGAACUGGAAGUGGGUCCCGAGGCCGCUGCCGCCGAGUUGCGAGGUCAGGCAUCGUCGCAAACUCAUUCGAGCUCAAAGGCGCAAGGCAGCACGAGCUCGUCCAGUUUGCCCCGCGCGUACCUUGCCAAAGCUCCACUUCCGGAAGCGUCGCAUGUCGGAGCUCUGGUUAAGCUGUACGACAUUGAAGCCGCCGAAAAGUUCAAGACAACGGAACUGGUUGAGGUUGUCGGUAUCUUGGACACAGCUGGCCUUCCGCACGCCGAGUGGCAGGAGACUGGCGCGGCUGGUGAAUCGUCCUCGGAACCAGCACAGGUCCCUUGCGUUCACACCGUCUAUGCCUCCUCUGCUGAGCUCGACUCAUUGGGACCUGAGGAGUCCGCCGGUGCAGCUUCGAGCUCAAACACGCUCUCUCAGGCAGCAGAGCGCAAUGCCUUGAUCCACUACUUGGCCGGUGCUCUGGGCGGUGACAGCGUGGCAGCUGAGCUCGUCUUGCUUGCGACGAUCGCUCGCAUCCACGUUCGUCGUGCAAAUUUGUGCCUCGGUGCUCUUACGCUCAACGUCUCCAACUUUGCUGCUCCAUCUUCGGCCUCAGCACAGACGCAGCUGUCGCGUCGCCUUGAGCUGCUGCUGCCGGCUGUAGUGGACGUGUCGAUGGACCUUGCUACACUCAAUGACGACCGUAAGCCACUGUACCCCAGGAGUGCAGGCGAAUGUACUGGGCUCGAAGCGGGCCGACUGCAGUUGGUUCACGGAACCACAGUGGUGGUCAACGAAGGAACCAUGGGCGAGGGUCAACUCAAGGACACAGGGAUCCGCAACAUCAAGGCGCUCUCUUCAGUGCUUGAGUCUCACAAGCUUCCAUAUGCUUUCCCUUACUCGGAGUUCGAGUUCGACACGGAUCUCAACGCUGUCAUUCUCAGCCAAGGGAAGAGCUUCCUGCCAUUUGACAUUCAGUGUCCUCUCCAGCCUGCCGAGGGUCACACCGAUUUGUACUCAACCUCGCUGCCUCAGGUCGAUGAGGGCCGCUUGAGGGCUUGGAGGAAGGCCUUGCUGCACGUUAGGAGUUUUGCGACUGCCAAGGCAUUUGAGAUUCCUGAAAGCGUCAGCGAGCAUAUUCAGAAAGAGUUUGUGGCCGAAAGGAAGAAGGGACAGGAAGAAGCCACGGACUCGCAUGGCAGAAAUGCUGAAGGUGCACUUGGACAGGAGGAUCUGCUGCGAAGAAUGGCGAUUGUUCGCUUGCUCGCCUUGUCACACGGAGAGAAGAGUUUGACUAAGGAGAUGUGGAACAAGGCAGUGGAGCUGGACAAGCUGUUGUCUCAGCGGCAGCAACAACGUCAGCCGUCAGCUGCAUCUUCUGCUGGUGCUCCCGGUGUUUCGCGUUGA